AUGUGCAGCCUGCAGCGUUCAAUUUUUUUUGAUGAAAAAGUCGGAAAAAUGAGCAAGAUUUUGAUAUUUGGUGGCAGCGGCUACCUUGGGAAAUACAUGGUGAAAGCAAGCGUUUCCUUGGGUCAUCCUACCUUUGUUUACACCCGCUCUGACCCUCCUACGUCCAAGUCCCUCCUUCUCAAGGAAUUUGAAUCCAUGGGAGUCACCAUCUUCUAUGGGGAUCUUGAUGAGCACGAAAAGCUAGUAUCAGCGCUUAAACAAGUGGAGGUCGUCAUUUCCACACUAGCUGUCCCGCAACAUCUUGACCAACUCAAAAUAAUAAGUGCCAUCAAAGACGCCGGUACAAUUAAGAGGUUUGUGCCAUCGGAAUAUGGAAAUGAAGUUGACAGACCCAUAAGUGCACUUCCACCAUUUGAAGCCAUACUUGCCAACAAAAGGAAGAUCAGAAGGGCAGUCGAGGAAGCUGGCAUCCCAUUCACCUACGUUGCUGGAAAUACGUUUUCAGCUUACUUCGUUGACUAUAUUCUUCAUCCUCAUCAGAAUGUUUCGCAAGUUGUGGUUUACGGAACUGGUGAAGCUAAGGUUGUUUUCAACUACGAGGAAGAUGUUGCAGCCUAUACCGUGAAAGCAGCGACAGAUCCUACGGUAGCCAACCGUGUCAUAAUCUACAGGCCGCCGGGAAAUAUUGCUUCUCAGUCCCAACUGAUUUCGACAUGGGAGAAAAAGAGUGGCCGAACCUUGAAAAGAGUUUAUGUUCCAGAGGAAGAACUUGUCAAACUGUCUGAGACCUUACCUUUCCCGGACAAUAUUCCGGUGGCAGUUUUACACAACAUAUUCAUAAAAGGAGAUCAAUUGAAGUAUGAGGUGACGGAUGAAGAUUUGGAGGCGUCCAAGCUUUAUCCAGACUAUAAGUAUACUUCCAUUGAAGAGUAUCUUGAUAUAUGCUUGGUUGAUCCUCCUCAACCCAAAUUAGCCGCUUUCGCUUGAUCUCCACCACUUCUGCUUUAUUCGUCGUCUUCAAUAAUCGAGGCUAUACAUAUUCCAAGCAUGAUCAAUACAUAUCUACUUCAUGUUUUCCUUAAUUUCAUGUGAUAAUGCUUUGAUGUAUUGAGUGGACGGUACCAUCCUCUUCUCUGAUGCAUUAUAAUUGGUAUUAUAUAGGGC